UAUACGGUUAAAUAUACCGGUGAUUUGAUUGGAUAGAUGAUGAGACGGGUGAUCAGAAACAAGUAAAUGUAUCUGCAUGAAUAGGACAAGGAGAGAGGAAGAGAGAGAGGAUUGCACAUCUGGAAAUGUUGGUAUUCGUCAUUCGAUAUUUUCAGCAAAUGAAUUGAACAACACAUUUUGUUGUACAACGCUGUCUGGAAAAGAUCUCCCUUCCCUCUGGCAGAAGAGUCGCAGCUGGCCCAUCUAGCAGAAAUCUCUCAGUUCUGCCUCCAGGACAAGACUCAUCCCAAUAAACAUCAACCUGCAGAAGAUUCACACCAUUUCAUCACUGUGUUUCAGUUGGGCAGACUGGACAGAGCGCAGCCGACACAGCGACGGUGUGAGUGGAGCAGAGAGAAACAAGGAUGGGGGGCGGAGGACAGCAGACGGAGUCAAGCGAGCCGGCCAAGGGUGACGGGGUUGGGCCCGAUGGAGGGGGAGGAGGGCGAGGUGGCAGUGCAGUCUACACCUGGGAAGAGGUCCAGAGGCACUGCCACAGAGGCGACCAGUGGUUGGUCAUCGACAGGAAGGUCUAUAAUAUUACCCAGUGGGCGAAGAGACACCCGGGGGGCAUCCGGGUCAUCAGUCACUUUGCCGGAGAAGAUGCCACGGAAGCAUUUGUCGCAUUCCAUCCUGAUCCUCAUUUUGUCAGGAAGUUUCUGAAGCCGUUGCUGAUUGGAGAGCUGGCAACGACAGAGCCCAGCCAGGACCAUGGGAAAAAUGCAGCACUAGUGCAAGACUUCCAGGCCUUGCGCGACCGUGUGGAGAGUGAGGGCCUCCUCCGUGCCCGCCCCCUGUUCUUCAGCCUCUACCUGGGCCACAUCCUGCUACUAGAGGCCCUGGCUUUGGGCCUGCUCUGGGUCUGGGGGACCAGCUGGAGCGUCACACUGCUCUGUUCCCUCAUGCUGGCCACGUCUCAGGCCCAGGCUGGCUGGCUGCAGCAUGACUACGGCCACCUGUCAGUCUGCAAGAAAUCCAGCUGGAACCACAAACUGCACAAGUUUGUCAUUGGACACCUAAAGGGUGCCUCUGCUAACUGGUGGAACCAUCGUCACUUCCAGCACCACGCUAAACCCAACAUUUUUCGUAAAGAUCCUGAUAUCAACUCACUGCAUGUCUUCGUCCUCGGAGACAAACAGCCUGUAGAGUAUGGUGUAAAGAAGUUGAAGUACAUGCCCUACCAUUACCAACACCAGUACUUCUUCCUCAUUGGACCUCCACUAAUCGUUCCAGUGUUUUUCAACAUCCAGAUAUUCCGGACCAUGUUUUCACAACGGGACUGGGUGGAUCUGGCGUGGUCGAUGAGUUUCUACCUUCGCUUCUUCUGCUGUUACUAUCCCUUCUUUGGUUUCUUUGGCUCAGUAGCAUUGAUCAGCUUCGUCAGGUUUUUGGAAAGCCACUGGUUUGUGUGGGUGACCCAGAUGAGUCAUCUUCCUAUGGAGAUGGAUCACGAGAGACACCAGGACUGGCUCACCAUGCAGUUGAGUGCUACUUGCAACAUUGAACAGUCAACCUUCAAUGACUGGUUCAGUGGACACCUCAACUUUCAGAUUGAACACCAUCUGUUUCCCACCAUGCCCCGUCAUAACUACCACCUGGUGGCUCCUCUGGUUCGUGCUCUGUGUGAGAAACAUGGAGUUCCUUAUCAGGUCAAGACUUUGCAGAAAGGCAUGACUGAUGUUGUCAGGUCACUGAAGAAGUCAGGGGAUCUGUGGCUGGAUGCAUAUCAUCAUAAAUAAAUACCUUCCUGGCUCUGGGCGGGAUUUAAAUCCAUCUCAGAUUAACUACCUGUGAACAGAGAGGACAUUUCCUAGAUGUUUUUGAUGAUAAUGAUCGCUGCAAACAUUAUUGUGAUAUAAUUGUUUUAAUCCUUGGCAGCAGUGAAUGGGGAUCCAUAGCAGAAAUAGAGGGUUUAUAUAGUAGGGCCAGGCGUUUUAAAAAAAACUAAACACCGUUUUUAUUGACCUAUAUUUCCAGCAUUAUCCACUGGGUUUGAUGCAGGCAGAGAAUCCUAGGAAAUGCUCUGUAAUUGACACAAGUCUCAAUCAUUCCAGUCUGGUUGUCCAUUCGUUUUUGGCGGAGGGAUCGCUUUAACCAGGGGAGGCGCAGCAUACGAAUCUUAAUUUCACUAAGCCUGUUAUUUAGCAGGGAAAACUAUUUGUAGAUCAGUGAUUUUACACCUCGUUUUUCUCAAGCUGAUCGCCUCCAACAGACUCAAUCCCUGAUCACAGGAGGUUAUAUAAAUGGGGCAAUUAGGACACGUAAAGGGAAUCCAAUGAAUCCAAGCAGAAAAUAUAAGUGCACAAUAAAAAUCUCUAUCGCUUGAAAUUCCCCGCUGGGAUGCUCAUUGCAGACUACAAUAUAUUCUGCAAAACCUGUAAUUUAGCGUCACAUUUUAAAUGGAAAGACAGGAAAGACAGGAUAGACAGGAUAGACAGCCAUCUGAAAUAAUUAUUCCGUCUCAGAAGAAUGCUUCAACCUUGAAACGUUUUGGAGGAUUUAGUGAAACAGUCUCGUCUUUACAUAACAAGACAACAUCAUCAACAACAAUAUUUCACAGCGUAUUCGUUGCCUGUUAUCAUGUGGUUAUGAUAGGCAUUUUUGUAUCAGAAAAUGUAGAGGGUGAAAUAUAGACUAUUUUCAGAAUACUAAUGACUUGCCUAUUUUCAUUUCCUAUAGAAAUAACACAAUUGAUCCAUCUCUGGUAAAACGGCAGUAUUUGGAGAGAUUAACUUCUCCGCCUCCGCAAGGCGCAUGUAAAAGCGCAGCUACUCGGAGUGAUAUUCUAACACUGUUGAAUAGUUCACUGCCUGUAAAUACACUCUAUCAGCCAGAACAACUGUAACGUCUUCAUCCAGCUCUCAUACAAAAUGUGUGUCGGUGGAUUUGUCCGUUACUAUGGAGAUGCUUUCUGUUGUGUUUUUACCGGACUGCGGCUCCGUUCUUUACAUGUGUGUUAAUGAAUGCGCGCAAUUUGGGAUUGUCAACUUUUUCGAGAGGGAUGUUGGCGCUUGCAAAAGCCAUAUAUAUCCUCAUCAUUUAUUCUACAGCAAAUUAAAAUGCCUACUUUUUCUUUAAUGUGUUACAUUUUCUUAGAUUAAAAUACAUAUUAUUCCCAUUAUAAUGUUAAUACCAGGCAAUGAAUAAGUAAAAUAUUUAUGUCGAUAAUGUCCUUAAAAUAAGCUAAUACUGCCGAUGAGAAUAAUUGUUGGCAAUUAUUUCAUUUGAAGUCAAUCCACAUGGUUGGGAAUUGAUUUUGGACUAAUUGGAUAAUUAUGUUAGAUGAUCAUGGUGUGAGAAGGUGCUAUAUCGGCCACUUGAGGUCGGUUUAUCGAAAUGCGGGGUUGGAAAAACAACAACGGAAACGCCUGGCCCUAAUCAUUGGUGACUAGAUAGACUAUUCCUCCUCAAACGGAAAAAUAUAUUGAUAUAUAUUUUAACAACAUGUAUGUACAUGUAUUUACGUAUAUGUAAAUUACAGAUAUCUAAAUAUAUGUUUAAGCCUUAUAUUACAUAUAUUUAAAUAUAUCGACAUAUUACAAAAUUGGCCUUUUUCAUAUGACUACAAAUAUGUUUAUAUCUUUAAAUAUAUGGAAAUACAUUUUGAUAGCGUGCUGUGGUAGCUAGUAAAAUAAUUUCCCAAUUAUAUUUCAUAAAUAUAUGUUGCCAUAUUUUAAUGAAUGGAAAUGUUUGCUUUUUACCUUAUUACUGUAGUUAGGCUACAUUAAAAUCCAAUGCAUAAAACUA